GAUUUUGUCGAAGUAAAUAAAAAACUGAUAUAGUCGAAAGUGAAUGUGAUUACUCUUUAUGGAAAUAACCCUAAAAAAUUGUUAGCUUCUUCAUCAAUAUUACUGUAAAUUGAAGCAAUUUGCAUGUCUCGCAAUCUGUAAAUUGACGAAUUCCGAUCGAUAAGCAGCGCCGUUUGAACAUGUCUGGGUCAAACGACGGUGACAAGAAUGGGAGGAAACGUAAUCUUCCUUCAUGGAUGAGUUCGAAACCCGGUUCAAGUGGUUCGGGUCAGAGUAAAUCAAAUGAUGAACGUGAGACGACGGAGACAACUGAGCAAGCGAAAGGUAGACGCAAAACCAACCAUGGCAAAACACUCCCCGACGAAGCUGAGAACGAAGCACAUUUUUCAAAUUUCUCAAAACUUAUGGAAGGGGUUGUAUUUGUCCUAUCAGGUUUUGUCAAUCCCGAGCGUGGUACAUUAAGGUCCCAGGCUCUAGAAAUGGGAGCCAAGUAUCAACCUGAUUGGAACUCGGAAUCCACACUUUUGAUCUGUGCAUUUUCCAAUACACCAAAGUUUCGUCAAGUUGAAGCAGAUAAUGGAACAAUUGUAUCGAAGGAGUGGAUAACAGAGUGUUACAAACAACGAAAACUUGUUGAAAUCGAAACUUACCUUAUGCAUGCUGGCAAGCCAUGGAAACGUCAAAGUGUUUCUCGUGAAUCCAGCCAAGAUCAAAGACCAUCAACAUCAAGAAAAUCUCAAACAAGAGGAGAGAAAAGUUCACCUUUUAAGACAACUGCUGCUCCUUCAUCUGAGGAGAUACAUUCUGAUAAAGUAAAAGAUGGUUUCUCUCCAUAUAAAGUGAAAAAAUGGGCUAUAAAUGAUCUUAAUCGGACGAUUUCAUGGCUGGAGAAUCAAGAUGAAAGGCCAGAGCCCCAUGAGAUGAAGAAAAUAGCGGCCGAGGGAAUUCUUACCUGUUUACAGGAUGCCAUAGAUUCUCUUAAUCAAGGGCAGGAUAUGCGUCAAAUAACUGAACAGUGGGAAUGCAUCCCUCGUGCUGUUGAGGAGCUGGCAAAGUUUGAUGGUAGUUGUGUUGGUUCAGCUACAAUGCAUAAGGAUCUUUGCAAACAUGCUGUGACCUGUAAACAAAUUUAUGAGCUGGAGUACAAAAAUAGGGAAGACGAUGAACUUUUGAAGAUGAAAGAGCAGCGGACUCGCGUAGGUGGAAAGGCUGGUGGAGCUGCCAAAGAUGCUGCUGCAUAUGACAGUGAUGAUACCGUUGAGAUGACAGAAGAGGAAAUCGACCAAGCUUAUAAUGCCGUAGCAUCUACCAUUAGAAACAGUAAGCGAGUGUAAAAAUGGGAGGUAGAAACACUAAUCUUCAAUUUCUUUUAGUCUGUGAAUGGAGGAAGAAGAUGAUAGCUUUAUAUUUGAACUGAGUAUCGACAUCCAAGAGUUGUCAUCUGUCACUAACCUGUUAUGAAAAAGUAUACAAAAACCCAAUUACAUACUUUGGGCUGGAUCUUCAUGUUUCUGCUCGUUUUAGUUUUCAAUCAACAUUCUGUUUAUAAAAAUGGUUGUUUGAAACAACUUAUGUGCACUUGAUUCCUUAAUUAUAUGAGAAACCUACUAUUUUUCAGUUCCCA